AUGGCAUCGAUUGGACAGUUGGCGGUUUUAGGGUUCACUUUGGGUCUGAUUGCGAUUCUGCGAACGGCCUUCGCAGAAAGGAAGAGAGUCAAUCUGCCCCCAGGGCCAAAGGGCAAAUUUCUUAUCGGCAAUUUAUUCGAUCUUCCACCGCCAGGAGCACAGGAAUGGCAACAUUGGUUGAAGCACAAAGACCUCUACGGUCCCCUCAGUUCUAUCACAGUCCUAGGCAAAACGAUUAUCAUAAUAAAUGACAGAGGCUUGGCUUUUCAAAUCCUGGAAAAGAACUCCGCGAAACAUUCUUCUCGGCCGCGCCUCGUCUUCGCUGAUGAAUUAUCUGGAUGGGGCAUGUUGCCCUCAAGCCAAGACAACACACCGCUCCUUCGAGCGUAUCGUCGCGCAAUCACAAGAAUCAUCGGCACACGAGAAUCCGCGUCCAAGUUCAAUAACCUUCUUGAAUUAGAAGCACGAAGAUUUGCAUGCCGUGUUUUGCGUGCGCCUGAGAAAUUCAUCGAUCACAACCGGACUGCUGCUGGUGCUUUUAUUUUGAACAUCACAUACGGCUAUAAUAUCGAACCUCAUGGUGACGACCCGCUAGUGCUUCUAGCUGAUCAUGCAUUGAAGCAAUUCUCGGAUGCUGUUGUCCCGGGAAAUUGGCUUGUCGAUUUGAUUCCAGCGUUGAAAUAUGUACCAGCUUGGAUGCCGGGGGCUAAUUUUCAAAGAGUCGCCCGAGAUCACUUCCGAACUCUCACAAGACUUGUAGAGAGCCCGGUUGCCUUUACAAAAUAUCAAAUUGAUAAGGACGAAGAUCGUCAGUCUUUUGUAUCUACGCUUCUCAAACAAGGAGAAGAUGAAGAAAUUGUCAAGUGGUCAGCAUUGGCAAUGUAUGGGGGUGGAGCUGAUACGACUGUUGCGAUCCUGGAAGGAUUCUUUCUGGCAAUGAUGCUGUUCCCAGAUGUUCAAUGCAAGGCCCAAGCCGAGAUGGACAUUUUAUUCGGCAUGCCUACUUUGCCAACAGCGGCCGACCGAGAGAAGUUACCCUAUGUGAAUGCACUCGUGAAGGAAGCCAUCAGAUGGCACAGUGUUGCGCCUUUAGGUAUUCCUCACAGAACGGACGAAGAUGAUAUCAUAAAUGGUUUUUUGAUUCCAAAGAACGCCAUUAUUCUCCCGAAUAUCUGGGGGUUUAAUAAUGAUCCCGCGAUCUACCCUAGCCCGCGAGAAUUCCAACCGGAGCGUUUCCUUUCUUCUGACCCUGCUGUUGACCCGGGAGAUGCGGCCUUUGGCUUUGGUCGCCGAGUAUGCCCCGGGCGCUUGAUUGCUGAAACUUCUAUUUUCCUGAUGAUUGCUCAUACACUCGCCAUAUUCGACAUUAGAAGGCUUGUUGGAAAAGAUGGCAAGGAAGUCGACCCGAUUGUUGAGUUUUCACCUGGAAUUUUGAGUCACCUUGCUCCGUACAAAGCUGCUUUUGUUCCGAGAAGUAAGGAGCACGAACAACUCGUCGUUGAUUUUGAGAAAAGCCAUCCCUUCGAAAAAGGGGAUUCCGAGAUCUUGGAGAAUGUGGUACAACACGCCAAAUGGAGGAAUAUUUGA